GGGCGCUUGGUUGGAGCGUCGCCGCGUCCCAGGUCCCGGGAAAGUUUUUUCAGAGAUCCUGCCCGGAGUGGCCAUGUCCCACGGUCCCCGGCAGCCAGGCGCAGCCACCGCAUCUGCGGGAGGCAAGACUCCGGGCCAGCACGGGGCCUCCUUUGUAGUGGCUGUCAAGCAGGAGCGCAGCGAGGGUCCCCGAGCUGGAGAGAAGGGGCCCCAGGAGGAGGAGCCAGUGAAGAAGCGAGGCUGGCCUAAAGGCAAGAAAAGAAAGAAGAUUCUCCCAAAUGGGCCCAAAGCCCCCGUCACUGGUUAUGUUCGCUUCCUGAACGAGAGGCGGGAGCAGAUUCGCACCCGCCACCCGGACCUUCCAUUCCCGGAGAUCACAAAGAUGUUGGGUGCCGAGUGGAGCAAGCUGCAGCCGGCAGAGAAGCAGCGGUACCUGGAUGAGGCAGAGAAGGAGAAACAGCAGUACUUGAAGGAGCUGUGGGCAUACCAGCAGUCAGAGGCCUACAAGGUCUGCACGGAGAAGAUUCAAGAAAACAAAAUUAAAAAAGAGGACUCCAGUUCUGGGCUCAUGAACACCCUCCUGAAUGGGCACAAGGGCGUGGACUGCGAUGGCUUUUCCACCUUUGAUGUGCCCAUCUUCACUGAAGAGUUUUUGGACCAAAACAAAGCACGCGAGGCAGAGCUGCGGCGCCUGAGGAAGAUGAACGUGGCCUUCGAGGAGCAGAAUGCGGUGCUGCAGCGCCACACGCAGAGCAUGAGCAGCGCGCGUGAGCGUCUGGAGCAGGAGUUGGCGCUGGAGGAGCGGCGCACACUGGCAUUGCAGCAGCAACUGCAGGCCGUGAGGCAGGCGCUCACCGCUAGCUUCGCCUCCCUGCCUGUGCCCGGCACCGGGGAGACACCGACCCUCGGGACGCUGGACUUUUACAUGGCGCGGCUUCACGGAGCCAUCGAGCGCGACCCCGCGCAGCACGAGAGACUGAUCGCGCGCGUCAAGGAGAUCCUGGCGCGGGUAGCCAGCGAGCACCUGUGACAGACCUCUUGGACCAGGAGAUGCCCCUCCCCACCCGCCCAGAAAGAAGCUGCACCUUGGGGUCUCCAGGCCCCCCUCAAAUGAAUUCUCAACCGCAUCCCUUUAGCUUCGAACCCCAUCCCAGGUUGCAGAGACCGGGAGACCUGCCUGCCUCACAGGGAGGGUCACACUACAGUGGGUCAGGAACAGAGGAGCCAAGGCCGCCGGACUCGGAUACCCCACCCCCACCCCUGGUGCUGAGCAGGAGGACCCCAGGUCGCUCACCAUAUAGCCAGGGGACCUGCUGUGCAGGCGCUGGCUAACCUGGCAGAGCCAGGGUAGGGGUGGGGCAUCCAACAGCCCCUCCCCCAGCGCCUUUCAUCACUCAAUCCGGACUUUUAAAUAAGUGUUGAAUAAAAACAAAUGGUUUUCACUCAA